AUGACAUUCUAUGGUACACAGGACAAGUGCAAGGCUUGUGACAAGACCGUUCAUUUCAUUGACCUCCUUACUGCGGAUGGCAUUCCCUACCACAAGUAUUGCUUCAAAUGCAGCCAUUGCAAAGGCACUCUUUCGAUGUGCAGCUACUCCUCCAUGGAUGGAGUUCUUUUCUGCAAGACUCAUUUUGAGCAGCUUUUCAAGGAAACAGGCAGCUUCAAGAAAAACUUCCCCACAUGUAAGUUUGUCCUGCAUUGCUCUUCCCACUGUUGUUUUGUUUGCAAUUACAGCAGAAAUCUCAUCACAUUGUACUUGUUCUUUUUUUUUUGUUCAGGCGCAAAGGCAAAUAAUGAGCAGUCUAAGGCCCCAAACAAGUAUGGCUCUGUGUUCUGUGGAACUCAGGACAAGUGUGCUGCCUGCAAGAAGACUGUGUACCCAUUGGAGAAGAUGACCUUGGAGGGCGAGCCCUACCACAAGACCUGCUUCAAGUGCGCUCACGGCGGCUGCAUCCUGACGACCGCCUCCUACGCCUCCCUUAACGGGAUCCUAUACUGCCAGAACCACUUCUGGCAGCUGUUCAAGGAGACGGGCAGCUACAGCAACCUGCUCAAGCCCGCCUCGGCCAAGAACGCCGACGAGCCAGAGGCGGCCAAGGAAGAGGAGCAGGCGCCAGAAGCCGUCGAGGAGCAGGCGCCAGAAGCCGUUGAGGACCAGGAGCACUCAUAA